AUGUAUGACCGCCUAUCCAGAAUGGUGCUGUCUAAAGAGAGGAUAUUAAUUCACGCGAACAUGUCCAGAGGCUGUCAGGACAGAAGGAGUCGCUGGCAGGACAUUCAGAAAGGCUUGCAAUUCAUUCAAUCUACUCUUCCAUUUCCAGGAAGUCAAGAGCAGUAUGAGGUUUUCAUUAAGGACCUAGUAUGGAAUCUUUUUGGAGAAGGAAAUGACGUGUUCAAAGAAGGGGAAUGGACUAAAUCUAUUGAGAUGUACACAGAAGCACUAAGUAUAGCGGAUUAUGCCGACUCGGAGGAAAUAUGUGUUCCAACUGGUUUGCUGGAAAAGCUGUAUGCAAAUCGGGCUGCAGCAUACCUUAAUAUUGUUCCAGGACUGUAUGACCAAGCAUUAGAAGACUGUGAAAAGGCUCUCCAGUUAAACGAAGGGAACUACAAAGCACUGUACAGAAAAGCAAAAGCCCUGAAAGAGAUGGGAAGACAUCAAGAGGCCUAUGAGGCUGUUGCCAAAUGUUCUCUUGCAGUGCCUCAGGAUUCCAACGUCACACAGCUGACUCAGGACCUUGCCAAAAUUUUGGGGUUGAAAAUCCGCAAAGCAUAUGUGAGAAAUAAGCCUGCCUUGAAUGUUUUGCGAGGAUCAAGUUAUCAAGAUGUAUCCGGUGACAAAUUUUCUCAUGGCUCAGCCUCAGUGGAAGAAAUAGAAAUUGAAGUGCCUCAGCUGAACCAGGAUAGUAGUGUUUUGCCUCCAGGCCCAACUCCAAUCCAGCCUUCAGCGGCCGUGCACCCGUCUCUUAAUGACUCUGUGGCAGAUGAACUGUCUCAUAGCAACAGUAUCUUAUCUGGCCCCCCCUCUGAGCCUCCAGGCUUUGAGUCCGUCCCCAUGUCUGUGUCUGCCCCCACAUCUGUACCACUUCCCGCGCUCACGUUUGUAAACGGAUGCCGAACCAAUAAGCCUGGCCCAGCCCUUGAACCAAGUCAGGAUUUUGACGCAGAUAUCAUUGGGGAGGACCUGGAUGAUUUACUGGACCAAGCAGGCCCUGAAUCAGCCAUGGAUAUUCCCACCAUGAAAGGGCCCCUUCCAUUGCCAACCAGUAUUGCCUCAGGCAGUUCAAUGUCCAGUCCAUUCCUGAUGCCAUCACACAUAAACCCAUUUCUACACAGCGGUUCCCAGCAGUGCACUGUAACUCUGCCGCCUCUAUAUCAUAAAUUGGGGUCUAGUACUUUAUUUGGAAUGGACACUUUUGACCCCCUGCCCCCACCGUUGGACUCUCUGGAUAGUCUCACCAUAUCAGACUAUAAAACGGAUUAUGCCCAGAGUCCAUUCAUUCCACAGAUCAACAAUAAUGAGGCCCCAAUGGGGAUGGCUGUGGGUAUGCCCGAUGUGAAAGGUUCCCCUGCUGUUGUGGAUUUAGCGAAGAACCCUCUAGCUGAAACGCAUGAAUUCAAACAAGCCUGCUCAAUGUGCUAUGUCAGAACUGAGGUGGCUGUUGGAAAAGAGUGCCUGUACCCUGGUCACUGCACGUUUGCAUACUGCCAGGAAGAGAUUGAUGUUUGGACUCUGGAGCGGAAAGGGUUUAUCUCUCGAGAAUUGCUCUUCGAUCCUUUUGGGUCACAUUCUAACGUCCGGCUGAAUGUCCCAAAGAUCUUACAGGAGCAUCGUGGAAUAUUCAUGUUUCUCUGUGGGGUGUGUUUUGACCACAAGCCUAGAAUAAUCAGCAAAACCAACAAAGAUGACCCUUCACUUUGUUCUCACCCGGUAACAAAGCAUGACUUUGAGGAACAUAAGUGCCUGGUCCACAUUUUGAAGGAGAACACUGUCCGCUACUCAAAGGUCAGACCUCUGAGUCCCCAGAGCCAGCUGGAUCUUUGUCGCCAUGAAGUGCGUUACGGCUGCGUGAGGGAGGAUGAUUGUUUCUAUGCCCACAGCCUCGUCGAGCUCAAAGUCUGGAUGAUGCAGCACGAACUGGGUAUCACUCAUGAAAGUAUUGUCCAAGAGGCGAAAAAGUAUUGGAACGCAACAGCGUCUUUGCAAGGAGCGCAGCUUUCCAGCACCCAGAGGAGGUUUGGUCCUCCAAAUCUGAAGAUGAUGUUUGUUUGUGGCCAGUGCUGGAGAAAUGGCCAACUAAGUGAAGCUGACAAAAACAAGAAGUACUGCUCAGCCAAGGCAAGGCACACGUGGGCAAAAGACAGACGGGUAGUGCUUGUAAGUUCCCAUGAAAGGAAAAAGUGGACAACAGUAAGACCACUACCAACCAAAAAACCCAUCCCAUCUCAGUUUGAGAUUUGCAUGCAUGUGACGGCUGGUAAAAAGUGUCAGUACAUUGGAAAUUGCACAUUUGCUCACAGUAUAGAAGAAAGAGACCUUUGGACGUACAUGAAGGAAAACAACAUUCCAGAUAUGGAUCAGCUUUACGAGCAUUGGCUGCAGUCUCAGAAGCCUGGCUGGGGGGAGGAAUCAUUCAAUAACUCUGUCAGAGAGAACGGCAAACAGAUUCACAUGCCAACAGACUAUGCUGAGGAAGUGGCUGGCAAUCAUUGUUGGCUGUGUGGUAAAAACUGCAACAGCGAGAAGCAGUGGCAGCAGCACAUCACUUCAGAAAAACACAAAGACAGAGUUUUCAACUCGGAGGAUGAUCAGAACUGCUGGCAGUACAGAUUUCCCACAGGCACUUUCAAAGUUUGUGAGAGAUUCCUCAAAGGCACAUGCACAGAGGAUGACCUGUGUAAGCUCGCACACGGGGAGCAGGAGCUCAAGGAGUGGAUGGAGCGCAGGGAAUUCCUUUUGAUGAAACUUGCCAAAGCCAGAAAAGAUCAUCUAAUAGCACCAAAUGACAAUGACUUUGGAAAAUACAGUUUUCUGCUUAAAGACAUUAAAUAA